CCUGCGGCGCGCACUCCUGACCCGGCCCCGCCCCGCCCCGCGGUGGCCUCGAGUAGCGGGCGGAGCGCAAGCAGAGAGGCGCUCUGGGCUGUGCGGCGCCGCCUCUCCUCGGUGUUGUGGGAGGGACAGAGGGACCCGGCGGGAGACAGAGAAAACCUGACCGACCGGCUGGCGAAGAGCUGCAUGCAACCGGUGGGAGGCCGGGCCGGCUGGGUCUGAGGCUCGGGAUCGGGCUCGGACCGUUUCCCGGCGGGUCCCUGGCGGUGAGCGCGGACGGCCCGGAAACGGCGGCUCUGAGCUGGCAGGCGGAGGGCUGUCUCCUGCGCCCGCCUGCCCGGCGCGGUCCGAGGAUGCGGGGGGGCGAUGCCCGGGGCCAGGGACGCGCUCUGUCACCAGGCGCUGCAGCUGCUGGCCGAGCUCUGUGCCCGUGGGGCCCUGGAGCACGACAGCUGCCAGGAUUUCAUCUACCACCUGCGGGACCGUGCCAGACCCCGGCUCCGCGACCCAGAUAUCUCAGUGAGCCUGCUGACCCUUGUGGUCACUGCCUGUGGUCUUGCUCUCUUUGGCGUGUCUCUCUUCGUAUCUUGGAAACUCUGCUGGGUUCCGUGGCGAGAACGAGGCCUGCCCUCUAGUAGCAAAGACAACAACCAGGAGCCUCUUAACUACACGGACACAGAGACCAAUGAGCAGGAGAACAGUGAGGACUUCCUAGACCCUCCCACACCCUGCCCUGACUCCUCCAUGAAGAUCAGCCACACCUCCCCUGACAUUCCCCUCUCCGCCCAGACGGGAGUCCAGGAGAACUGUGCCCAUGGCGUCCGCGUGCAGCGCCAAGUCACAGAGCCAACCUCCUCGGCUCGGCAUAAUUCAAUCCGAAGACAACUCAACUUGUCAAACCCGGACUUCAAUAUCCAGCAGCUUCAAAAACAGGAACAGUUGACUGGAAUUGGUAGAAUUAAACCAGAGUUAUAUAAGCAGAGGUCAUUGGAUAAUGAUGACGGGAGACAGAGUAACAGCAAGGCUUGUGGGAAACUGAACUUCAUUUUAAAAUAUGACUGUGACUUAGAACAGCUCAUAGUGAAGAUUCACAAAGCUGUCAAUUUGCCCGCCAAGGACUUUUCUGGGACUUCAGAUCCUUAUGUCAAGAUCUAUUUGCUUCCUGAUCGGAAAACAAAACACCAGACUAAAGUUCACAGAAAGACCCUGAACCCUGUGUUUGAUGAAGUGUUUUUAUUUCCGGUUCCCUACAAUGACCUUGAAGCACGGAAGCUUCACUUCUCUGUGUACGACUUUGACAGGUUCUCUCGUCAUGACUUAAUCGGCCAAGUGGUGGUGGAUCACUUCUUAGACUUGGCUGAUUUCCCCAUGGAGUGCAUCCUUUGGAAGGAUAUCGAAUAUGUCACCAAUGUCGACAACCAAGAUAAAAGCAUGUUUCCAUAUGUUUUCUCCCUGCAACUCUUCUCACACACUUCUACACCUGACUUCACCAGAAAUCUGAAAAAGGCAGAAUGCUCUUUCCUGUUAUCGGACUCCUGGAUCGGAGUUUCCCAGCUGGCACAAAUGCCAGCUGCAGGACAUAGGUGUGCCACUGAUGACCUACAGGACAACGUGGAUCUGGGAGAGCUGAUGUUUUCCCUGUGCUAUCUUCCAACGGCUGGCAGGCUGACUAUUACCAUUAUAAAAGCAAGGAAUUUAAAGGCAAUGGACAUAACAGGAGCAUCAGAUCCCUACGUGAAAGUCUCACUGAUGUGUGAUGGCAGACGACUGAAGAAGAGGAAAACAUCCACCAAGAGGAAUACCUUGAAUCCUGUUUACAAUGAAGCCAUAGUCUUUGAUGUCCCUCCCGAGAACAUUGACCAAAUCCACUUGUCCAUAGCAGUCAUGGACUAUGACCGUGUAGGUCACAAUGAGAUCAUCGGCGUGUGUCAAGUAGGCAACGAGGCUGAGAGGCUGGGCAGAGACCACUGGAGUGAAAUGUUGUCAUAUCCUCGGAAGCCCAUUGCACACUGGCAUUCCCUGGUGGAGGUCUCUUGGUGCCCAGGUUUUCUCACAUACUUGCAGCACUCUCUGGUGUUGUGGAAGCAGUUCUGCCCUCUUCCAACCUGACUCAGCCUUGAAAGGGCCACUUUUUUCACAUUGGUGCAAGUAGGUCUUUUGCCACCAUCCAAGCCUUGUUCCUAUUCUUCUAUCAACUUUCAUCAGCUUGUACGGAACAAUACAUCCCCUCCCCAAUGCUCUGCUGUGCACAUUGAAACUGCCCUUCUCAGAUCUGAGCCCCGCCUCUGUCAUCCCAUGAACCUCCUACAUCCCACCCCUGACUCUUGGAUGUCCCACUUCUGUUCAGACUUCAUCUCUGAUUUUAGCAUCAGAUACAGAAGCUUUUUCCUGCUAAGUCCUCUCCUCCCAGAUCUAAUUCACAGCCUCUAGUCCAGCUGUGGGCAGUCUUUGAGCAUUUACUCUAAAGCUCUAAGGGACCCAAAGGCGAUGCAAGAGCCACCUCCCACCACUCAGAAAGGAAACACUCACUGUGUCCAUUUGGCUUCAAUCAGACAAACCCAAGAUAUUCAGAGUGAUGAACCAACCUGAAACAAAUCCCUAAAAAUCUACUUUCACAGAGAGGACAAAGUUUCAGGAAAGAAUGGAAGAAAGUAUAGAAACUGGAAUUAUACAAACUAGUAGGGGCAUGGAGGCAUGCACACAGCAUAGAAGAGAAGGAAGUCACUCUCUCUGCUUCAGUGUCAUGAUGGUGUGAGACCUUGACCAAGAAUGUAAAUUUAAACCUUCUGGGAAACCUUGUUCUGCCCCAGCAGACAAACAAAAGGAGGCUGAGAAGAGUCAGUGUCAGGGCCAAGGUGGACUGAUAGGAGGGAGGAGCAUGUCUAAUCUCAAGCAGCCUGCACUGGUGCAAGGAGACAGCCAGGAACACUGGGACACACCUGCCAAGGCUGCCAGAGGAGCAUUUCAUUGGAGUGGACCCCUCAGGCCAAACCACAGGAAUUGCAGUCAAGCAACAUCAAGUCAAAAGACAGGCUGCAAGGUAGGAGGUGAAGACAUGAGCAGAAGGCUGGAGAGAUUGAGCAGAGACUUCAAAGAUGGAAAUCAGACUUUAGCAAAUGAGAGGUCAGGACAAGGAAGCAGGAGUGUGUCACAGAGCAGACAAGAGGCAGAGCCCACCCUGGAACAUGUUGCUCACGGUGCCUACCAUCUCAGCCUCCCCUGCAUGCAUGUACAACAUCACCCCUAAUAUCUGUUGAACAGGCAGCCCUAACCACCGUGGUUUGUAAAAUGUGUAUCCCUGGCCACAGGUGAUUGGAUCAAGAUGGGGACAUGCUCCCAGAAACCUGUUUAUGGGCAGUCCAGUGACUUAUGACAUGGCCUGGCACCCUAAGGUGAGUUGGGUUGAUUAGAUUACGCCACCAAACUUAGAAAUGUCAGGGAAAUGAAGCAAUCAUAGUUCCUUCUCUUGGGCUUCUCUAAGAAUCCAUUUCUAUUAUUGUUCCAUGAGUAUUUUAUUAUAGAACACCAUAAGCACUCCCAUCUAGACUUUCAUUGAACUACCUUGAGUGAGCCUCUAUUCCCGUACAACCUGAAGACUCACCUGAACACGUAUGGACUUGUAGCUGUCCAGAAGUACAGUGAUGAAUGGUGUGUUUGGCUACUACAUUUGUUUUCACAUAGUUUCCCAUGGUUUAGAAGUGCUGAAGAUGAAACCUUAAAAGAGUUGGAACCCCCCGCCCCAAGUAGAACAGAAGCUGGAAUUAGCAAAAUAACACAAAUAGGCAUGAGAUUCAUCCUACUGCGAGGAAGUCACACUUACAGGAAGAGAAGCACAAAUGAGGGAGGACCCCCGCUCACUUGAGUGUACAAAAAAUGCUGCGUUUAGAAGCUCAGAAAGAUCACAGUUAGUGACUUUUCCUAGAGGGGGUAUAAGAAGUUUCAUGGAGACCCAAAAGGUCUGAUGGCAAGAUACCUUCCCAAUGUUGAGUAAAGCGCUAUAAAGAGUCUGCCAAAACUAUUCAAAGCCACUGCUUCUCAUGGACAUAAACAUUUCACCAGGAGUGAACAUGGCAGUAUUUUUUGAGUGGAAAAAUGAAAGAUGUGAGAAUACAGGUGGUAUUUUCAUUGCUUCUUCCUACUGCCCUUUGGAACUCUGAAAGACUGAAGAAUAUCUAAAGAUGAUCAGUAGUGGACUCACAAGAAUAGGUUGAUAUUUAGAAUGAGGUUCUGAAACACAGCUUAAGAUACCAGAAUAAAUCAUUCUAGCCAAGAGUGCAGAGAAUCUUACAAAGGCAUGAGGGACAAUGCUGCUUAGUGAUUGAUUAGCUGAUCUCAUCCAGAGGAUUUAAAAACUGAUACCAAGAGGAAGAGUAAGACAACACAAUAAAACAGACAACCCACAAGACCAGUUGCUAUGAAUGACAUCCAGUGGGAUGUGGAAAAAAAGGGUUCCAGGACAGGAGGUUUCCAGUGAUUCACAGGAGAUAAGAUUGAAUCCUAGAUGCAAAUGACGGCCAUGGCCUUGGGUGUCCUAAUGCAUCCUGCAGAGAGAACAAAUAGAAUAACCCAGGACAAUGACCACAGCCUUGUAGGUAUAACUGUAACUCAAACAUAUCAACAGACCACUUAGAAGCAGACAGAUUAAUGUGCUAUACACGCCUGAAGAGCUGCGUACCUAAGGUUUAAAGCUCAUUGAUAUGCAUAUUGUGGGCAUUAGCAGAAAUGAGCCUGCCAGGGGCAUAUGACAGGUGGAGAGGUGAAACUCCUAAAACAAAUCAAAGCACUAGUACAGAGACAAAAAUCCAGUAGUGAGGGAGAAAUCCACUGAGGAGAUGUUUCCUGGAAGUCUUCUUUGGUUAAAGACAAAGUGAAAACUUCUCCAGUUGUUUUGCUACCAGUAUUAGAAUACUUUUGAUGUAAUGAACAGAAAUCCUGACACAAACUAGAUUGAACAAAGAAAGUGUAGCAUCUGGACAGAGUGUCUAGAGAUAGGAUUGUAGAUUCUGUAGUUAAGGAUGGGGGGUUCAGGGAUUGUAGAUUCUGUGGUUAAUGAUGGUAUCAGGAACACUGGUUCUUCCCAGGCUACUGGGCCAUCCUUCCUUCCUUUCGAUUCAUCUUCUGGUUGGUCGCAAGAUGGAUGCAGAUCUAGGCAUUGCAUCCAGACAUAAAAGUAUCCACAGGAAAAUGUACUUCUUGUAGCUCUCUGUUAAGAGCAAGGAAAAAAUUAUUCAAUUGCCCAGCAAACCAGCUCCUUACACAUCAUGGCCAGAAGUAUGCCAAUGUUUGAAGCAGUCAUUGGCAAAAGGAAUGGGACUGUGUAGGCCAAACAGGUUCAGCCCUGAAGAUGGAUCCCUUCUUCUGGGACACCAAGAAAAACACCAUCCCCUUCUCCCCUGGCAAUACCCAGCCAACCUUCCAGUUAUGACUCUCCCCCACAGACACCCGAUUUCUUCUCAUGACAACUCUGCACUCCAUUAUCCACCUUCCUGGAAGCAAACCAUUCUGUAGCCUAUUCCAAAAAGCUCAAGCCAGCACAUACACCACAGGGCAGCAAACCAAAUCUGAAUCUCAAAGCUUGCCAGACCAGCAGCGCCCACUGAGAAACUGUCCAGAUAAGAGAUGGUCCCAGCAAACCCACUGCCUCCUGCCAUGUCUCUGCACAUGCCAUCGACGCUCUACUCUCCAGUGAAAAUGGCUGAGGGGAGGAGCUUUUCCUCUACAGACCCAACGCUGCCAUUUCCCACCCCUGUGGUGGGACUUGAGAAGGGGCUGGAGAACAUGUCUCCACACACACGCGGCUGUGGUCUGCUCUUGGCUCUCUCUUCCCACUCUUCUGCAGUGCAAGCCAGGGUGGAGGAUGAUGUGAGACCCGACUUUUGGAACACUUGUCAUUUCAAGAACCAGAGAGUCAAAACCCUUCAGGCAUGUUUGGAGUCCCAGAGAGCUCAGCACAGGACUCGUGCUGCCAACACUGUGACUCUAGACUAUCUCUCUGGGAAUCGGGAUUUCAGCUCCUCUCUCCACACACCUUCACCACCAGCACUGGGCACCCACUUCAGCAGCUCCCCACUCAAAUUAGUCCCCCUCCUGUAUGACACUGGGCUUCUGACACUGGCUGAAUUCCUGUCAGCCAUUUUCUCCAGUCCUGGGACUCUCAGUGUCUCCAGAUACUCACAUGGGUAAUGGGUUCCUUGACUCAAUGCCAAGCAUCUGUCUCCCAAAGAGCAGUAGCCCUUUCCUAGGGCCUCAGCCGUCAGCUCUGCUGCCCUUUGCUGCCCUCCCCUGGCCAUUGACAUCACUGCAGGUAACUCUUCAGGACUCUAAUGGGUUCAUUGAUACGUCGAUUCAAUAAACACUUAUUUAGGGGCCCUCUGUACCACGCGAUGUCCAGACACUGAGGAUUCAGUGAUAAAAAUACAUGGCACCUGUCUUCCAGGAGGAAAAUGAGAGAGAGAGAGAGAAAAGGAGAGAGAGAGAGAAUAAAUGAAUGAAUGAAUGAGAAUGAGAAUGAAAGAAGGAAUGAGAAUGAGAGGACUUUUUGAAUGGGAAUGAGUGGAUUCUGCUGUGCCCUUGUGGAAGUCUCGAUUUGCUCAUUGUUCUGCAGUCCCCACUGCCUAACACCUUCACCUGAAAAGGAAUCCCCCGGCUUCCCCUUUGGAAGUGGAGUUAGAGAAUUUAUUUUAAACCGAAUAUUUCUGAGCAAGUGCAAAGCACCCUACCCGGCACUGGAGGUAUAAUGGGGAAAUGCUGGUCCCAUCCCCCACAGAAUUUACAAUCUGGCUGAGGAAAUAGACAUAAGAAAAUAAUAGAGAUUGUUUAAUAACAGUUAUGGUGUUACCUGGUACUGUAUUCUGUCUUAGUCAUACCUAGCAAGAGCUCCACACAACAAGGAUAGGGCAUGAUGUCCAUGUUUUAGGGGGUAAAGGAGUGAACCACAGAGGGCACAGUCUGUGCACACAGUAGGCACCUCAGGAAGUGCUGAAUGCAUGAAAGAGGCUGCAGAGCAGACAAAGCUCCUGGGAGCCAAGGCCAGUGUCUCCAGCCAGCUCAGCUGAAAUCAGCAGCUCACGUGCUCCGUUCUUCACCUGCAGCAUGCCCACUUCAUCCUGAAACUCUCUUCUACCCAACCACCUCAUCUAAAGAUGCAGAUCCUAGUGUCCCAGACAGGACUGUUGGCAGGAUCCAAGUCAAGUGAAGGAUAAUUCAAGAGCCACAGUCCAAUAGUGCAGGAGCCAUAUCUGCUCUAUUUGUCAUUGUAUACCCAAUCCUUCACAUAGUACCUGGCACAUAGGAGGUACUCCAUAAUUCUGUGAUGGUUGUUGAAUGAAUGCAUGGAUUUUGCAUAACUAUUCAGGGAGGAGCUUAGCUUCUACAGAGAAUUUGGUCAUGAUUGGAUUCAUUUGAUCAGUGGAAUCAGCCAUCCCAGAUUACUAUAGCCAAAAGUAGAUUUAGAACCUAAUUUGGCCUAUUGGCUACCAAAAGGGUACAGACUCUGAGUUGUAGUGAGACUGCCAGUCUCCCUGCAGGCCCACGAGGGCUCCCCCAUCCUCCCUGGGCUGAGAUUUAAUAGUGCCUUUUUUUGCUCAGUCUGCUCUCUGGUCCUCAGGAUGAGAGAUCAGUAUGAACUGAUCUUCCUAGGGGAGGAAGAAGGGUUUCCAGCUGCAACGAGAGAGCAGCGUGCAGUGACAGUGAAGCACCAGGAUGUAGAACAAUGCUGUGAGAACACAUUCCCUGAGGUUUGGGAAUACACUUCUUUAAGGGCUGUGCUCCCUUUUUGAUGGGUCCUAGUGGGCCUCUGUGCUGGUAGGGACCGACUUUUCCUCAGCGAUCCAGUGGAGGCUGCAAUGUAUUUUGCUUAAAACUACAGCUGGUUUGUAAUUUUGGCCUCAGACAGUAAUUACAGCUGCUGGGGCUCCUUGGAGGGAUAAUUACGGAAAGAAUUCAGCAUAUUCAUUUUAUCUACACACUUAACCAUCAAUUAAAUCAUUACCAUCUAAUCCUAUUCCAGAGUCUGGAAAUGUUCUGUGAAUAUAUAAUUUUGAAGGCACUGAAUUUUGUUUUCAGAUGGUUUUAAGUGAAAAAUUGCCCAAUUUCCAUAGCCAAUGGAGGUUUUCUCUAUGAAAGCAGAGCCAAGAGUGUCUCCUGGCUUGUGGUUGCUGCCUCCCUGGGGGCCUGCACCACAUAAAGGGCCAAGCAGGGAUGGAUUGAUAGGAGGGAGCUGGGACUUUGCCUUUGAUCUCCCAUGUAGUUUGUGAUUUUCCAAAGCAGGAUUAGCACUGGGACUUAGAGGUCAGUGGCUGGGGACAGACUAGAAGGUGACUUGUUUUGCCAAGGAGCUUCCAGGAGAGUCUUCCCCUGCUGGGAUUCUGCUAGGGCCCUGGGCCGUCAUCCGCUUAUCAAAGCUGGGAUGGGGUCUUUUCACUUUGGGAACCCAGGAGACAGUGUGGUAUUUAAAAGCAUGAGUGCUGGAGCUGGCUUCAUAUUCUGGCUUUGCCAUUUUUGAGCUGUAUGUCCUUGAGCAAGUUUCUAAAUUCCUCUAAACCUCAGGUUAUUCUACUCUUUAGCAACACAACAAUAGAUCCUACCUCAGGGAGUUGUGUGAGACUUAAGUGAAAAAAUGAAUGUAACAUGUUUAACACAGCAUCUAGAACUUAAUGGAUGCUAGGUAAACUUUGAUAAUUGAUAUUAUUUAACAUACAUGUAUGCACAAGAAAAGAAGAGAAGCAGAAGGGAGAAAUCAAAUGUCCAAAAAUGUGCUUCAGCGGGAACUAGGGCCUCUGAAAGCACAUGUGGCAUGGGCUGGGGCUGCCCCUGAGCUUCGCUGUCCAGCCUCGGACUCCACGGGCGCUCUCUGCUCUCUCUGACCUUGACUUCCCUUGGGGAUGGUCCCCUGGGAGCCUCUGACUGCAGUCCCCCUCUGCACCCCUCCUCUCUGACCCUGCCCUCUCAUGGCUCCAGCCCUGGUGCUUCUCCAAAAACCUUGCUGCACUACUGGCCCCAUGAUUAUGCCUGCUCUCCUCCUACACUUCCAACCAGCCUUUUCUCUCUUUCUGAUGGGCUUUCACUGGCUGACAGUGGGACAUAGUCAUGCCUCAAGUUUCUGACCUAAGUCACUUUUGUUUUUUACUACACCACACAAAGCAGCAUCUGAGAAGAUGGCCCACAGGGAUGCAACUGCUUCCUGGCCUCCUUCAGCCAGGGAGACACUUUUUCUAAUAGACAGGAGGCUUGGGCUGAAUCCUCUUCAGACUAUGCCUAAUACUGGAAUCCCAGAGGCACUGUCUAUACAGUGGGGCCGUGGGGAAGUCUUGUCUUUGUGAGCUGACUCUUCCAGAUGGCUGCACUAGUCCUCUGGCUGGUGUUUGGGCUCAAACCAUCCUACCCUACUGCCCACAGCACAUGGUUCCUGUGCUGAAGUUACUAAAAAACCCAGUUCUUGUAGCUGGCAUAGAACUGGUCACAAGGCUGGCUUUUGCCCUGGCAUAAGCAGCCUCUAUGUGGGAACCCCAAGCUGGGAACCAGCCUCAGGCACAGCAUCAAGUCCACGUGCCAGAUUUGCCUGGAAAAUACCCACUUGACCUUAUAGUUGUGCCUAUCGCCGAGCCAAGGGCUGCAAAGGAAAUGAGAAGCUCCCAACUGCUGAAAUCAUGGAGCUGGAGUAUCAAGUCUCUGUGUUCAAGGAUAAUCAUAGUUAUCGUUGGAAGGACUGUACAGUGAAGACUAAUUUUUAAACACCUCUGAGAGUUGUAAGAAUUAAAUAAGUUAAUAAAUGCAGAACACUUACAAGAGUGCCUAAUACCUAAUGUUUGCUCAAUGGAUAUUGGCUAUUAUUAGUAGCAUUAUUAUUAAAGGAGAAACCAGGCUUCAUGAGGUUUAUGGAGUCUUGGCCAGAAACACUGAUUUUCCUGCUUUGAGAACUCUCAAGAGGGCUUACUCUUGGGCUGGUCCUCCUGUCCAGUGAUCUCUGGAGCCAGUGACAACAUAACAACUUCUCGAUCCCAAACAUUAGCAUGUGGUACCACCGGCACCACAGGAUGGUCUUUUAAGAACCUAGAUCCUAGCGCUUCCCAGAGCAAGGGAAGAAAAAGCCCUCCCUGGCCAUCCCUCCAGCCCCUCUGCCUUGACUCCCUCAAGGGGAAGCAGGAGGUGACACCAACAAGCUCCCUCUCCAGAAGCGGAAGACUAGUACCCUCAUUUCUCCUUGCUUCUCUUCCCCUCCUCCUGAAGAAUGUGGGUAGGUUGUUCCUGCCCUGCCUUUCUGUCUGUGAGCCCACUUUGGUCCCUGGUCAGCUCCGCAGGCCUCCUGCAAUCACUGCUGAAUCAUGAAUGAUCCACUAGGCAGUGAGGACCCAAUCCCUGAGGGGAGCUUGGGAGAGAAGCAUGGGACACACCAGCAUCACCAGGGCUGUCCACUUCAGGGCCCAGAGGCAUGCAUCCUGGUGCCCUUUAGCUUCAGUAUUUGCAGUUUGGCAAAUGGAAGUGUGUGUGUCUGCAGAGCUGGUGAGGUCACUCUGUCUGAUGGACCACUAAGGCUUUCCAGUGUUCUGGAACUGUCCGAUUCAGAGUCUGAUCAAUCUUGCCCUUGUAUCACUGAUUCUCUGAGCAGGGACAGAUGUGGCCACCUUCCUGUGCCAUAGUGAAUACCUCAUGGAACUGCCAGCCCCCUUCACGACUCACCUUGGUACCUUACUCCAAUUCUCUGUAUUUCUCUCUGGCUCUCCCUGGCUUCCUUUUAUAGGUUAGAACCCAAGUUCCUUAGAGGGCACACAGAGGCCUUCACAACCUGGCUCCUCUCUAUCUGGAGGCAUAGCCAGUCACUGCCUCUGAACAUUUUAUGCCCCAGCCCCAGCACACAGACCACUUCUAGGACCCUGGCAGCACUGCUUUGCGGUGUCACUUUGCUUUUGCAUGUACUGUUCUCUUUGUCUGUGAUAGCUACACAAAGCUCCCUCACAAACAUUUACUUCCUUUGAACUCAACAUACAGAUAACCUUUUCUCUGUAUAUAUCUCUUUGUGAUAGCUCCCAUAAUGCUAUUUUGUAAUUUUGUGUUGGUUUUCCUGAAUAAACUAUGAGUUCCUUGAAAACAGAUACUGUAUCUCAUUCAUCUCUGAAUCCUGAGACCAUUGUGUAGGCCCCAGCACACAACUAGGUGCUCAGUGUUGGCUGAAUGAGAUCAAGAGGGUGGGCUCAGCUUCCCAUGUGCUCUGCAUGAAGUGUGCAAACUCAUUCCAGACUCACAAAUUAGAGAUCCUUCAUUGACAAUCAUUGUAUGGUUUCAGAAGAUUGCACAUUCAAACGUCUACACUCUAAAAAGCUAAAUGAAAAACACCCUCACCAACAGCAUCUCAUGUUUUGCUUAACAGCAUGAGCUCUACCUCUCUGGAGGGGCUUUAAGCAAAGCCUUGACAGUCUGCAAGGAAAGAAUUACCACUGGGCUUGGGGUCCCGUGAACUUUGGGAUAUUUCACAAAUAUCCCAAAUAUUGUUGAGACAAUCUAGUGACUUUGUGAAACUGAGGAGAAAUCGGGAGGCCUUCUCUCCGAAGGGCUUCAGAGCCAUCUGGUUCUAUCUGAGAUUUAUUCUGAAUGCAGCCUUUACAGUGAGAGGGUGCCAUACUCAGGUUCAGGGAUCUGGCUUGAGACUUGGGGAAAACAUCAUUGCCUUUGAUGGCACCUGCUAAAAACAGUGUGGAUACAGGCACCUCAUGCAGAUCU